UACCGUAAUGGGCCUGCAAAAUUGGCUUUGAGGCAUCACCGGGAUGGCGAGCCGGCCCACACGCGUUCCUCCGUCACCGUCGCGGCCACGUCGUCCUCCUCCUUCCCCGACUCCCGCCUCCCCUUCGCCGCCGGUGGUGCCGGCGCCGGUGGCCCCGGAGGAGGGGGAAGUGGGAGCAGUGUGCGGCCGUGGGGGUCGAGUGGCAGGACGUCGGUGUCGUCGUCGGGGAAGCGGAUACAGAAGGAGCUGCUGGACUUCGACGCCUCCGACUACUCCGCCGGACCCAAGGGCGACAACCUCUACCACUGGCUCUCCACCAUCAUCGGGCCACAAGGAUCGCCGUAUGAAGGAGGGAUAUUUUUCCUUGAUAUCGUGUUUCCGCCUGAUUAUCCGUUCAAACCUCCCAUGGUAACUUUCAAAACAAGGAUUUACCACUGCAAUGUUGACUCCACUGGUAAAGUGUAUUUGGACAUUCUGAGGGAUGGCUGGAGUCCAGCUUUCACUCUUUCAAAGGUGUUACUGGCCAUCAAAGACAUCAUCAGCAAUCCAGAUCCAUGUACCCCGCUUGUAUCUGACUGAUAGGACGAAACACGAUGAAAUAGCAGCUGAAUGGACCAUGAGGUUUGCAAGAUAGGGAAUUAUGUCUGUAUCUAUGCAAGAUUGAUCUUGUAAAUGAAUAAUCCUUAAUGGGGCCUGAGAUAUAGAAUGUUGGCGAAGGACCAAUGUUUUGUUUAAUCUGAGUUGUGACAUGAAGGUGUACUUUA